CUGUCGUUGGCUGACUUCCGGUGGUGCCAAACCCGUUUCCGCGGAAUCAGGCCGGCAGGUGAGGGUACAGAAUGGAACAAAAGUGGGACUUUUAAAAUGUUGCCCUGUAAGAAGAGAAGAACUACAGUGACAGAGUCCCUGCAGCAUAAAGGCAAUCAGGAGGAAAACAACGUAGACCUAGAAUCAGCUGUUAAACCAGAAUCUGACCAGGUUAAGGACUUGAGGUCGGUGUCACUGUCCUGGGAUCCAAGUCAUGGCAGAGUAGCUGGCUUCGAAGUACAAUCUGUGCAGGAUGCAGGAAAUCAGCUUGGUAUGGAGGAUACAUCUCUGAGCUCUGGGAUGCUCACCCAGGACACAAAUGUACCAAUUCUAGAAAGUGUUGAUGUUGCCAUCUCUCAGGGAAUCACCCUACCUUCCUUGGAGUCUUUUCACCCCCUUAAUAUACACAUUGGUAAAGGAAAACUCCAGGCUACUGGCUCAAAAAGAGGGAAAAAAAUUACACUGAGGCCUGGGCCAGUUACCCAAGAAGACAGACGUGAUCAUCCUAUCCUAAAGGAGCCUUUUUCAGAAGAGCCUAGUGAAGAAGUCAAGGAAGAAGGAGGGAAACCUCAAAUGCAUUCUGAAGGGGAGAUACCUUCACUGCCAUCAGGCAGCCAAUCUGCAAAACCAGUAAGCCAGCCCAGGAAAUCAACCCAGCCAGAUGUUUGUGCUUCUCCUCAAGAAAAGCCACUCAGGACUCUGUUUCACCAACCUGAGGAAGAGAUAGAAGAUGGUGGACUCUUCAUUCCAAUGGAAGAACAAGACAAUGAAGAAAGUGAGAAAAGGAGAAAAAAGAAAAAGGGUACCAAGAGGAAACGAGAUGGAAGGGGUCAAGAAGGGACCUUGGCAUAUGACCUGAAACUGGACGACAUGCUUGACCGUACCUUGGAGGAUGGUGCCAAGCAGCACAAUCUAACAGCGGUCAAUGUCCGAAACAUCCUUCAUGAAGUAAUCACAAAUGAACACGUGGUAGCUAUGAUGAAAGCAGCCAUCAGUGAGUCAGAAGAUAUGCCAAUGUUUGAGCCUAAAAUGACACGCUCUAAACUGAAGGAAGUAGUGGAAAAAGGAGUGGUAAUUCCAACAUGGAAUAUUUCACCAAUUAAGAAGGCCAAUGAAAUUAAGCCUCCUCAGUUUGUGGAUAUCCACCUUGAAGAAGAUGAUUCCUCAGAUGAAGAAUACCAGCCGGAUGAUGAAGAAGAAGAUGAAACUGCUGAAGAGAGCUUAUUGGAAAGUGAUGUUGAAAGCACUGCUUCAUCUCCACGUGGGGCAAAGAAAUCCAGAUUGAGGCAGUCUUCUGAGAUGACUGAAACAGAUGAGGAGAGUGGCAUAUUAUCGGAGGUUGAGAAAGUCACCACACCAGCCAUCAGGCACAUCAGUGCUGAGGUAGUGCCCAUGGGGCCCCCGCCCCCUCCAAAGCCGAAACAGACCAGAGAUAGUACUUUCAUGGAGAAGUUACAUGCAGUAGAUGAGGAGCUGGCUUCCAGUCCAGUCUGCAUGGAUUCUUUCCAGUCCAUGGAUGACAGUCUCAUUGCAUUUCGAACGCGUUCUAAGAUGCCCCUGAAAGAUGUUCCCCUGGGCCAACUAGAGGCAGAGCUCCAAGCUCCAGACAUCACUCCAGAUAUGUAUGACCCCAAUACAGCAGAUGAUGAGGACUGGAAGAUGUGGCUAGGGGGACUUAUGAAUGAUGAUGUGGGGAAUGAAGAUGAAGCAGAUGAUGAUGAUGAUCCAGAAUAUAAUUUCCUGGAAGACCUUGAUGAACCAGACACAGAGGAUUUCCGGACUGACCGGGCAGUGAGAAUCACCAAAAAGGAAGUAAAUGAGCUGAUGGAAGAGCUGUUUGAAACUUUCCAAGAUGAGAUGGGAUUCUCCAACAUGGAAGAUGACGGCCCAGAAGAGGAGGAGCGUGUGGCUGAGCCUCGACCUAACUUUAACACUCCUCAAACUCUACGGUUUGAGGAACCACUGGCCAACUUGCUAAAUGAACAACAUCGGACAGUGAAGGAGCUAUUUGAACAGCUGAAGAUGAAGAAAUCUUCAGCCAAACAGCUGCAGGAAGUAGAGAAGGUUAAACCCCAGAGUAAGAAAGUUCAUCAGACUCUGAUUCUGGACCCAGCACAGAGGAAGAGACUCCAGCAGCAGAUGCAGCAGCACGUUCAGCUCUUGACCCAAAUCCACCUUCUUGCCACCUGCAACCCCAAUCUCAGUCCGGAGGCCAGUACCACCAGGAUAUUUCUUAAAGAGCUGGGAACCUUUGCUCAAAGCUCCAUCGCCCUUCACCAUCAGUACAACCCCAAGUUUCAGACCCUCUUCCAACCCUGUAACUUGAUGGGAGCUAUGCAGCUUAUUGAAGACUUCAGCACACAUGUCAGCAUUGACUGCAGCCCUCAUAAAACUGUCAAGAAGACUGCCAAUGAAUUUCCCUGUUUGCCAAAGCAAGUGGCUUGGAUCCUGGCCACAAGCAAGGUUUUCAUGUAUCCAGAGUUACUUCCAGUGUGUUCCCUGAAGGCAAAGAAUCCCCAGGAUAAGAUCGUCUUCACCAAGGCUGAGGACAAUUUGUUAGCUUUAGGACUGAAGCAUUUUGAAGGAACUGAGUUUCCUAAUCCUCUAAUCAGCAAGUACCUUCUAACCUGCAAAACUGCGCACCAACUGACAGUGAGAAUCAAGAACCUCAACAUGAACAGAGCUCCUGACAACAUCAUUAAAUUUUAUAAGAAGACCAAACAGCUGCCAGUCUUAGUAAAAUGCUGUGAAGAGAUCCAGCCACAUCAGUGGAAGCCACCUAUAGAGAGAGAAGAACACCGGCUCCCAUUCUGGUUAAAGAGUGUUCUUGUUUCCAAUAGGCCAGUCUGCCAUCCAUCCAGGAAGAACUGCGGCACAUGGCUGAUGGUGCUAGAGAGGUAGGACAUGUGACUGGAACCACUGAGAUCAACUCAGAUCAUGGCCUAGAAAAAGACAACUCGGAGUUGGAGAGUGAAAGUCGGUACCCACUGCUAUUGCCUAAGGGUGUGGUCCUGAAACUGAAGCCAGUUGCCACCCGUUUCCCCAGGAAGGCUUGGAGACAGAAGCGUUCAUCAGUCCUGAAACCCCUCCUUAUCCAACCCAGCCCCUCUCUCCAGCCUAGCUUCAACCCUGGGAAAACACCAGCCCGAUCAACUCAUUCAGAAGCCCCUCCGAGCAAAAUGGUGCUCCGAAUUCCUCACCUGAUCCAGCCAGCCACUGUCUUACAGACAGUUCCAGGUGUCCCUCCACUGGGGGUCAGUGGAGGUGAGAGUUUUGAGUCUCC